AUGUUCCCCAAAAGGCAACAGCACGAUGCCGAGGAAACAAUAAGGAAGCCACAGCCACUAUCGGCUUUUAGGUCAUGGUCGUGGUUUCCUAAUUAUUCAAAAGAGCCCAAGGAGGAGGUGCAGCAACUAACGGCGAGCCCCGAUCCUGUUCGCAGAUGGAUAAAGGGUGUUGUGAUCUGCUCAUGGAUCAUUGGUGGAGUUCUCGCCUUGAACAUCAUUCUCACCGUCAUCGCUGCUGGUCUGGCGUAUUCAGGGAAUAGCAGGCAGACUUUCUCCUUCGCUUCACUCUACAUGGGAAAAUGCUCGACUUCCAAGAAUUGGACCACGGGCUUGCACCUCCUAAUCAACAUUCUCAGCACUGUCCUGCUAGGCGCGAGCAACUACUGCAUGCAAUGUCUUGCAGCCCCUUCGCGAGAGCAGGUAGAUAAAGCGCACAGCCAAAAGACAUGGAUUCGAAUCGGUGUCCCGAAUAUUAUAGACCUUGUUCGCUAUCAAACAGGCAAGCGACGUCUUCUGGGAUCCAUUUUGUUGAUCACCUCAUUGCCUAUCCAUUUGAUUUACAAUUCAGCCGUCUACUUCUCCAUUGGGCCAACGGAAUAUUCAGUUGUUGCAGCACAGGAUAAGCUUAUUCAAGAACAUGGAAACUCCACGGAAUUCGAGCAAUGCUUCACAGCAAACGUCGGAAUGGAAUUGCCAUCAUUCAAUACAGCGAUCCGUGAUGGGAGUUUCAACACUCCCUCCAAGCAAGAAUGUGUUGAUAUCUUUGCUCAAGACUAUGCAUCCGGGUACGGGAUGAUUGUUUUGGUGACUAAAGACUCGAUGCCUCAAAACGAGUCCGUGGCCUGGAUAGGAACUGGAAACAGACAAAACUUUGAGGGUGGUAAUUCUCAAUUCAGCUGGCUGUGUGACGAAGAAUAUCCCUGCACCAAAAGUAUAGCCGAAGAAAACACCCAGAACUGGUCCGUUCACGCAUUGACGUGGUCGCGUCCCACCAUACAUCUGUCGGUGCCUAUCCCAGGUGGCCUUUAUGAGAGCGGAGGAUGGUUGGAUGUCGGACAUUAUGGCAUUCCCGACACCGAGGACUACAACCAUCUUGAUGAUAUUCUGGAUAAAUAUCCUUCCCUGGAGGAAUUGCAAGCCGAGCUAGAUAAAUCUUCUGGCUGGGUCAACAGUUCAUUCCCCGGUAGUGUGACAGUACGCAAAGGUGAACCUGAUUGCACGUACCCGACAGUCUACGGUAAACAGACUCUACGAUCAUAUUCAAUUGAUCACUGUAUGACGCUUCCAGUUAGAGAGACUUGCCAGCUAUUCUUCAGCCCACCGAUCUGCCUGAUUGUAAUCGGCUGCAAUAUAGUCAAGCUCAUCUGCGCGCUGUUAGCGGCGCGAGAGAACAGGAAAGACAUUUUCCUCACCACCGGAGACGCGAUUGCAUCUUUCCUUGCCAAACCGGACCCAGCCACCGAGGGAGUCUGUCUGCUGUCUGGGUCUCUAAUCAAGAAGAGAACAAAAGGAUGGCAGAAAUAUAAGGGCCGUGAGCGCAAGUCUUUAGAUCUUCUGGAAACCAAACAAGAGACUCCGCUUCGUUUACCUUCAAGGAAACGAUGGUUUCAAGCUGCGAGCAUAUCACGCUGGGUGUAUACGAUUCUCUUAUUCGUGUGCAUGCUGAUCCCAUCCGUAAUUGUACUUCGCCUGGGAAUUCUAAAUUACAACAAAGCCUCCAAAUCAAAGAACUUAUGGGACUCUGGCCUGGGCGAUGCAAGCACAGGGACUACGCUAGCCGGUCUGAGCAUUCCCGCUACCGCAAGUGGGAUAUUUUCCAUGAUCUUUAUGGCCAACGUACCUCAAAUACUGGUCUCACUAGCUUACUUCUUCUACAACGGCCUGCUGACCUGCAUGCUCGGCGCCGUCGAGUACGACAACUACGCCACAAAGAAAAGGCCUCUUCGCGUAUCCUGGCCCCGCGGCGCCCAACGCUCGACAUACUACCUCAGCCUUCCAUAUCGGUACAGUAUCCCGCUGCUGAUAGUCUCGGCUGUUCUCCACUGGCUCGUAUCCCAGAGUUUCUUCUUCGUCCAGGUCAUCCCAUUCGACCGGCAUGGAGUACCCCAAAGAAGCUCCCCAGACGUCCUCGUUACUUGCGGCUAUUCGCCCGUUGCCAUCAUUUUCGGAAUAGUCGUUGGUGGCUUGCUACCCAUCGUCGCUGUACUUCUGGGCUUGCGUCGCUUCACAUCGCACAUGCCGCUGGCUGGACAGUGUAGUGCAGCAAUUAGCGCUGCGUGUCAUCCCAUGACUACGGCGGUUGACCAUGCGCUGAAACCGGUGCAAUGGGGUGAAGUCCCAGAUAGUGUCUUGUCUCAUGGCACUUUUUCAAACACAAUAACGACGGAUGUUGAGUGUGAAGCUCGAUCGAGUGUUGGAAGUGACGAGCAACGGCCAUCUUUGGCUACGGAGCUGGAUAUAAAUGAUUCUAGGGCAGUUGGUUUCUUGCAUUGCACAUUUACCUCGGAGGAUGUUAGUGAGCCGAGCACAUCCCGUCUCUAUCUCUAG